CAUGGUAACCGUAAAAGCCCGGGCCUACGGAGCGGUAUUUUUGGAGUUAAUGGAGUCAGAAGGACCCCCAGAGUCAGAGAGUUCAGAAAAAUCAAUAUUUUUCUCACAGCAAGAAGAAGAGGAAGAAGAUGAUAAUGAAGAAGAAGAAGAAUCCAAAGAAGCGGAGGAAACUGCCACCAUUAAUCCCCUCAUACCCCCUGCUCUCACAGGGGAUGUAGAAGGUUUGCAGAAGAUUUUUGAGGAUCCUGAGAACCCUCACCAUGAACAGGCCAUGCAGCUACUCUUGGAAGAAGACAUCGUUGGGAGAAAUUUGUUGUAUGCAGCUUGCAUGGCUGGGCAAAGUGAUGUGAUUAGAGCUUUAGCCAAAUAUGGUGUGAAUCUGAAUGAAAAAACCACCAGAGGUUACACACUCCUACACUGUGCUGCAGCCUGGGGUCGUUUGGAAACUUUGAAAGCACUGGUGGAAUUGGAUGUUGAUAUAGAAUCUCUGAACUUCCAGGAAGAGCGAGCUCGAGAUGUUGCUGCUCGGUAUUCCCAGACUGAGUGUGUUGAGUUCCUGGACUGGGCAGAUGCAAGGCUGGCGCUGAAAAAAUAUAUUGCAAAGGUCUCUGCAAUUGUUACAGAUACAACAAAGGGACCAGGGAAGCUUUUUAAGGAAGACAAGAAUACCAUCCUCAAUGCAUGCCGUAUAAAAAAUGAAUGGCUGGAAACACAUUUAGAAGCUUCCAUUAAUGAGCUUUUUGAGCAGAAACAGCAAUUGGAAGAUAUUGUGACUCCUAUCUUCACAAAAAUGGCUACACCACGUCAAGUGAAAAGUGCCAAAUCUGUAUUCUAAGCCAUGGUCAGAAAAGAAGUCUUAUAAAAGGCCGCAUCUUCUUCUAUAUCUAUAAAGGCAAACCUAUUCAUGCUGACUGAAGUUAAAUAGAUGUGGGGUUUUAUAAAAAUGUUUAACUAUGAAAUUAAAUCACCCUCGUUUCGUUUUACCCCGUUCAGCACGCUUAUGUCCAGACUCUCUGGCCUUGCCUCUGCCUCCGCAAGUCAGUUUCAUGUGAGCUCCACGUGCUCCUUCUAGAGGGCACUUGGCUUUGAGUCACUCACAAAGACCAUAUGGAAGCUUUAAAAGCUACUUAGAGAAUCUAACAAUUUUCUGUGUAACUGAGGCAGGAAAUUUCUGUUCAAGUGAGAAAUUCUGUUAAAAAAAAAAAGACAUGUUGGCCAUUUCCAGAAGAAAAAUUUGUUCUCCCUCUCUCAAAAGGGAAGCUAUGGGAUGACAUUCUGGAGCAAGGAAAUAUUAAGGAUGGUUUGGAUCAGGUUCCUCUGCUUAUACAACUAUUACUUUUUUAUGUCCAAAUUAAAAUUCACCUUUAAGGUGGGAUAUAGUCUCUUAGUAAAUCUUCCUGUUUCUUUAUCUUUAACACCCUUGUCUUUAAAUUAAUAAAUACAAAUCUGUUUAGUUUUAUAUUUAGAUUUCCCCUACUCAGUAGGUUUAGCAAUAUCGUUAUUUUAUCUGUACUACAUGCCAUUUUCCUUUUGUUUUAUAUUACCUACAUUUUAGAUAUCAUUGUUGGUUUCAUAUUAGUGAUUUGGAAUGUCCUUUUUUCUACUUUGUCUAAGAGUCCCUGAACCUUCUACUACUCUGUGACUUUCUGGAAAAGUUUUAUAGAAAGAAAAUUAUUCUCUUCUUUGUCCCAUCCUGAAAGCUAGUUUUUCGUUGUCGAGGGGAAGGAAAAGAAAUGAGCAAUUCAGUAAUUCCUUGUCAGUUGGCAUUUUCUCAACCAUGAUUUUGAGGUAACACUGUCUCACAAAUUUAAAAGUUUUGAGAUUUUUUUUUAUGUAUGAGCAAUUCAGUUUCAGUUGCCUUAAGCAGAAGAAAAGGGUAGUGACUCUCACUCCCCUCUCUGGUAGAUCCAGUGGGUGUUUAUGGAGUAGUGCAAAGAAGACCUUUGUUUGCUCCAUUCUCUUACUAUUGUAGAUUGUGAGAAAUCUAUUAUCUUUAAGCACCGCAAUAAUUUGGGGAAAGGCCAGGUGCCGUUUUUGUCAUUUCUACUCUAAUUCUACAUUUUCUGAGCCUUGAUCUCGAAUAUGACAAUAUUCAAUUAUAUUGUCAAUUAUACCUCAAUAAAGCUGAAAAAUAGUCAAUCCUGACCCUUGGCGAGGCAAUCUGUAAUUCUCCAUUCCAUGACCUCUAUCCCCAAUGUUAGGAAGAAUUAAUCCCUCCUUCUUUGGGGCACCCAUGGCAUUAAUAGCUUCAUACUGUAUUCUAUUUAGUUGUUCACAUGUGAACUAUGAGCUUUUUGAGGGUAGGGGCUUUGCCUUGUUUUUCUUCAUUCCUAAAGAACCUGUAACAUAGUAAGUUAGUAAAUAAUAGUUGAAUGAAUUCUCUUUCGGUGCCACGUUUUUCAUAGAACUCAGUAGUCUUCAUUCAUCUAUAAAGCUUGUUCACCUUUAUAGAAAUGAAUCCUGAAUCCUUUUCUCCAUAUUUUGCUAGUCAGUGCCCCAUUUCCACUCCUGCUCCUCCAGAAGACAAGCCACACACACGUCUAGCAUUAUGACUGUAUAUCUAGUUUCUUCUCUAAUUGUCUAUUUUUAAACUUUCUUCUUGAAUGCCAUGUUACUUUUUAGGCAUAUGAACCUGGUGAUUACCAAGGAAUUCCUGGAUCUCAUUUCAAAGAUUUCAUUGUUGUGACAGUCUGAAUAUACAUUUAUAUCUAUAGAUCUGUUACUUUAGUAUGUUUUGAGAGAUACGAUAUGUCUUGUGACCUAUUGUUGCAUUGAAUUAUAAGUAUAUUCACAGGAGUGUGAAAGGUCCUUAUACUUUGAGUUUUAGCUAUUACUCGAGUAGCUGCAUGACUUUUUCCACACACCCACAGAAUAAUUAAUUACUAUUUCAAGGUGCAUACUAGUAAAUUAAAUCACAUUAUUUGAGAGGUAGUAAAGCAAAGGCUACAUUAAGUGUUCUGACAACUUCUAGGUAGUGGUUCCUUAGGCUUUUGUAUUUUUUUCAUUGAUUGGAAAACUGUUAAAAAAAUAAAGGGAGGAGUUUGGUAUGACAUCAUUAAGAAAACAGCUAUUAUCUGUUAUCGCUAUCAUUUGAUAAAAGAAAAGACAUAUUAACACCAAAAAAGGGGAAGAUAUGAUCUCAGUAUAAGGCUCUACUCUUUAAGUUGAAUAAAUUAAGUUUUAUUAUAGACUUUUAUGUUUUCAUUUUGCUAUAUAUGAUGGAAUUUUGUCAUGAAUCACAACUGGCAUAUGGUCUACCCUUUGAGAACUACUGCUCUAGACUGAGCUAAAGCAGUCAGACUGCUACUUAGGCUACCAUGAUGCCCCAAAUUAUAAAGGGCUGAUAAUCCAUCCCAAUGUUUCAUCUAAUUUGUGAUAGAUUGUAUUUUCCAAGAUGGUCGCAGCUCCCAUCUCACGGUCACGACAUUCCUGACAUAGGGAGGUGGGUCUCUGUUCUCUCAUCAUGAACCUGGGCAGGCCUGUGAUUACAGUAGAAGUAAUACUAUGUGAUUUCCAUAGAUCAUAAAAGAUAAAAGGUGAUACAGUUUCUACCUAGUUCUCUUGAGAUGCUGGCUUGGAGAGACCCAUAUGGACAGGCACUGAGGCCCUGGCUGAGCUCCAGCCAGCAGUCAUCAGUGAUACGGGUGAGUCAUCUUGGAAGUGGAUCCUCCAGUGGAGCCACCACAGCCAAUGCUGUAUGGAGCAGAACAAGCCUCUGUUGAGCCCUGCCAAAAUUGUUGAU